AUGCCUGCUCUCUUAAGAUCUUCUCUUCCUUUUUCGCCAUCUUCUGCCAUUCUCAAGAAGUCUUCCAUUCUUCCUGCUAUUUCCUGCACUUAUCGAUCUUCUUUGUUACCCCGCAUACACUUCCCCGGAGUCCGAACCAUGACUGCGACUGCUGCUCGUCCGGAUCCCUUUCGUCCAGCCGCGAGAGUCGCUGGCCAGAGGCAGGAUGUUUGGUCAAUCGUCAAUGAGGCCGCAGCCGCUUCGCCGGUCCAGCCCAUUGUGAACAUGGGCCAAGGUUUCUUUGGCUACAACCCCCCGAAAUUCGCCCUUGACGCUGCGAAGGAUGCGCUGGACCGUGUGGACUGCAACCAAUACUCCCCGACGAAGGGUCGUCCACGUCUCAAGAAAGCCAUUGCGGAUGCCUACUCCCCCUUCUUCGGACGAACAUUGAACCCUGACACGGAGGUCUCGAUCACCACUGGUGCCAAUGAAGGAAUGCUGAGUGCUUUUAUGGGCUUCAUUGAGCCCGGGGACGAAGUCAUCAUCUUCGAGCCAUUCUUCGACCAAUACAUCAGCAACAUUGAAAUGCCCAGUGGCACUAUUCGUUAUGUUCCGCUUCACCCGCCCAAAGACGGUGCCACCAGGACUUCGUCUGCUGCGGAGUGGACGAUUAACUUUGAGGAGUUGGAGAAUGCGAUCAACCCUAAAACCAAGAUGAUUGUGCUGAACUCUCCUCACAAUCCUGUUGGCAAGGUCUUCUCUAAAGCUGAACUGGAACGUAUUGGUGAGCUCUGUGUUAAGCACAACCUUAUCAUCCUUUCCGACGAGGUCUACGACCGUCUCUACUACGUCCCUUUUACUAGAAUCGCCACCCUGUCCCCAGAACUCUACGAGCGCACUCUGACUGUGGCCUCCGCCGGUAAGGCAUUCUAUGCCACCGGUUGGCGUGUCGGAUACUUGAUUGGCCCCGAGCAUCUGAUCAAGUACGUUGCUGGUGCGCACACUCGCAUCUGCUACAGUUCCGUGUCGCCCCUUCAAGAAGCGACUGCUAUCGCUUUUGAACAAGCCGACCAGGUUGGUUUCUGGGACGACAGCCGUGCGGAGAUGAAGAGCAAGAUGGAACGCUUCUGUGAAGUGUUCAAAGAGCUUGGCAUCCCAUACUCUGACCCCGAAGGUGGUUACUUCGUCCUGGCCAACAUGGCCUCAGUCAAACUGCCAGAGGGCUAUCAGUUCCCUCCUCAUGUGGCUAACCGCCCCCGCGACUUCAAGCUCUGCUGGUUCCUCAUCCAUGAGGUCGGUGUGGCCGCCAUUCCUCCCACUGAGUUCUAUACCGAUGCGAAUGCGCACAUUGCAGAAGAUUACCUCCGUUUUGCCGUUUGCAAGAACGACGAUGUCCUUGAAACUGCAAAGGAGAGAUUGCGCGGUUUGAAGAAGUAUAUCCAAUGA